CUAUUUGUGCUCCCCAGAUUUGAACCAGCUGGCUAGAUAGCGAGCUCUGCUCAGUCACACACACCCACAGCCAUAUGCGAGUACGACACACAACCAGCAGCACCAGCGAGCACAAUGGAGCACGCGCAUGACGAGCUCAGCCUCGAGCUCACCCUGGCCACCGCGGUCGUGGCGCCGGCGCCCGGCUUCUUCCUAUGUGUGUACUGCCACCGCAAGUUCCGCACCUCGCAGGCUCUCGGCGGCCACCAGAACGCGCACAAGGAAGAGCGAGCCGACAAGCUCCGCCGGAAGACUGCCGCCGCCACGGCGCACGCUUGGAAACCGGAGAGGACUGCCGCCGCUGUUUGGGUGUCCGAGGAGCCAAUAGCAGCAGGUGGCAUGGCACACAAGCGGAGCACGAGCUCGUCGGAGCGCGACCACGAGCUGGACUUGUCCCUCCGGCUAUAAUUGGUCGUUCAGUCCAUGAAUCUCCUAUUUGCGGUGCUAGGUAAGGCAAAAUAGCUUCUUGUUUCAAGCUCCUAUUGUGCAUUAAGUGGAUUCAUCGGCGCUCUUCCUUGUCUAGGUACUAGAUUCCUAGAGACCUUCCUGGUCUUUGGGUUGACACAAAAUUUCCCAUUCACCUUGGCAUGUGAUACUUUCCUGAAAAAAUUGGAUCUAUAUAGGACAGGGCGUUUUGGUGCCCAGGCUCAGAUGCACAUGAUAUCCUGUUCGUUGAUUGUUGUAUGGGGAUUGGGGAAAGCUAGUGUCAGAUGGCAGGUCUGGUUCGUGGA